UUUAGGAAAGGUUGGGUCACCUGCAGAACAAUAGGGUGGGACAGGUCGUUCAGGUUUUUAAGAACUAAACUAUCGCUUUAUUCUCUGCAAAACUUUAUGAGAUUAAGUGAUUGUGCAUGUUUCCUCAUUUAUGUUCUGGUCUCAGGAUGAAUUCAAAGCAUUUUUGAAAGCUGCUGGAUGCAAGCUUGCAGUGGUUGAAUUUUCAGCAAAAUGGUGUGGUCCUUGUAAAAAGAUUUGUCCUCUUGUACAGGCAAUGUCUCUGCAAUACCAAAAUGUAAUGUUUGCUAAUGUGGAUGUGGACUAUUCUCAGGAGUUGGCUCAGACUUACCACAUUAAAGCAAUACCCACAUUUCAGAUGUUCAAGCAAGCCCAUAAGAAAUGAAAAUUCAUCAUCUGCUUUCCACGAUGGAUUCCAUCCACCACCGCUUGGUUGAAUUCCCUCCCUUCUGCAUCAGGCCUCCAUCCACAGUUACCCUCUUUGAGACCUGGUACUAUUUUUGCCACCACUGCCAUUUGGUUCUCUGAUUUUCCUCCAGGGAACCACACUUUUUCCCAUUCUUAGUCCAUGUUCUUCCUUAGAGUUCCAUCUCCAAGCCUAGACCAGUCAGUGAACUCCAUCCACAUUAGGAAAGGGCCCUUGAUUCCAGUUGAGCCAGUCCAACCCCAACCAGAGCUAAUUCUAGGACUUUGCUCCUGCGGCUAGGUUAAAAUUUUCUCUUUUAAUUUCACUGGAUUCGAACUUGGAAAGAUAGGAGGCUAAAGGUGCUACAGCUAGCUUGUCACCAUGAGAACCUGAAAAUGAAGCCAACAUACAGAGGAAAGCAAUCAAGAUAGGAGGUACCAAUGGCAUUGCUUGAGCCCUGACUCUAUGCCUGAAGCCUGAACUGCCCCCGUAGAUUCUUCAGUGAUGUAAACUUUCCAUUGCUCUUUCUGUCACCUGCAACCAAAACAUUUCUAAUGAAUAUAUCUGAUGUCCUGUCAGACUCCUUUCCUUAACUUUAUGGUUUAAUUCUUGAAAUAGUAAAACAUAUUUAUUGCUUCCAAUUCUCAUUUUCUACUCAUUUCUCAUCUACUCUCUUGAAAGUCACCAAGGACCUUCCAGCGCUGAAUUUAAAUAGCCAUUUCUUCAGCCUUGUAUACCUUGAUUACACCAUUAACUAAACGACUUUAAAAGCACCAUUAGCUAAACAACUUUUGUAUGCUGGAAGCUUCCUCCUCUUUGGACUUCUAGCCCUAAUUCCUUCCCAAGCUCUCCUCUAUCUUCUUUGUUUCUACCGUCCUAAAAAUAAGUGUUUACCAAGGUUUCGUUCCAUCUUUUUCCCAUUCUACCUCUUCUCUUUUAGUAAUUUCAUCCCUGCCUCUAGGUUUGGCUGUAAAUGCUGUUACCUCAAACAAUUGCAGUAGUGCUCCUCUGUACCCCCAGGUUCACACCGGACCACCACUCCCUUUUCCAAACAGAUCCUUGCACAGCUCCACAUAUGUCAUUCCUUUAUUUAAAAUCUGAUGUUCCUCCCCCUCCAUGGCUUGCAGAAUCAAGACUAAACCCUUGUAUUCAAGCAACAUAAAUGUCUCCAUAAUGACGACCCAGUCUGCUUCUCCAAGCCCAUUUCUAUUUGACUCUGAUCUUGACUUGGUAUAUUUGUCUCAGACUAUUCCAAGCACUUGGAGGAGUUCAUGUCUGAUUUGAAUCCCCAGUAUCUAGAAGAUCCUUCCUAAAUAGAAAAAUACUCGUUUUUGUGUUUGAUUAAAGAGUGAACAAAUGAAUGAAUGCUGCUGUCAUUUCCCUGCAGCCCAUUGCCAGCUCUGCCUCCCUUCCUGAUUCUGUUCUCAUACUGAUCCGACUCAGGGAAAGUUGUCUCCAGCUUAGAACAACUUUCUGGUUUCACGCCUUCUGCAGAUAAUAUUGCUUGAGGGCUGAUGCCACUCAACAAUUUGUUCUCCAUUUAUGAAACAAAACUUUGGGUUCUCAGUUGCUUAUGUGUCUAGGCUCUUGAGAAAAUCCACAGUUACGCUUCUGAGGAAAGGUUUGGCCCUGCUUUACCAGAGGUG